GUGUGGCCCGCACGUCCGCGCCACCGCCGAACGAGGGGUCACCAGGGCUCCGCGUGGGCCGGAUAGGCCAGAGACCGUGGAGAAACUGACCCAAACCCGCCAGGCUCGGCGGGAGCCGCCCAAGGCCUUCAGAGAUGGUCCUGGAGGCGAGGGCGCCGCGAUGCUGACUGGACCCACUGAGGCAUGUGUGGCCACGGCAGGAGCCACAGCCUGAGUGACAUGGACAGGACCCGAUGCUCCCAAACCCACGAGUAACGAAGAUGUGAAAUCGAGGCAGCAGCUCACAAAGCCGGGAUGGAAGGACUCUUGACGGUUGCCGUCCAGCAAGACUCUGAGUUGGAAGAAACCCCGAAACACGAAGGUCAUUUCAGGGAUGGCCGGGAGAACCAGGAGGUCCACGAGGAAGACCCCACUGAGGACUGCAUCCCAGAGCAUGAUGAAUGCACCAGAACUCCCAGGACCAGAUCGAGCCCCACAACUACCCAGGCUGACUGUAGGCCCCAGAGGCGCGGUGCACCAAGAAAGAACCCAAACCAGAAGAACACAGACGCCAGCGCAGAGGAGGAGGAGGAACGAGGUGGUGGCACCAGAAAGCCGUGGAAGUGUCAGGACUGUGGAAAGGCCUUCAGCUACUGCUCGGCCUUCACCCUGCACCAAAGAACCCACAUAGGGGAGAAGCCGUUCUCCUGCCCCGACUGCAGCAAGGCCUUUAGCCAGAGCGUGCACCUGAUGCUGCACCGGCAGACGCACACGGGCGAGCGGCCCUACACAUGCGGUGAGUGCGGCAAGGCCUUUAGCCAGGGCUCCUACCUGGCGGCGCACCGGCGCACACACACGGGCCAGCGGCCACACAGCUGUGCGGACUGUGGCAAGGCUUUCAUGCGCCCCACGCACCUGGCGCAGCACCGGCGUGUGCACACAGGCGAGCGGCCCUUCACGUGUGGCCAGUGUGCCAAGACCUUUCGCAACCGCUCCUCCCUGCUGGAGCACCAGCGCAUCCACACGGGCGAGAAGCCAUUCGUGUGUGCACAGUGCGACAAGGCCUUCCGCUUCUCCUCGGCGCUCAUCCGCCACCAGCGCACACACACUGCCGAGCGGCCCUACGCCUGUGGCCAGUGUGCCAAGGCCUUCACGCAGAUCACACACCUGGCGCAGCACCGUCGCGUGCACACGGGCGAGAAGCCCUACACGUGCCCCAAGUGCGGUGCGCCCUUCAGCCAGAGCGCCUCGCUGGCCGAGCACCGGCGCAUCCACACGGGCGAGAAGCCGUACACGUGCGCGCAGUGCAGCAAGGCCUUCACGCAGGUGUCGCACCUGAGCCAGCACCGGCGCAUGCACACUGGAGAGCAGCCCUACGCCUGCCAGGACUGCGGCCGCGCCUUCAGCAACCGCUCGCACCUGGUGCAGCACCACCUCGUGCACACGGGGGUGCGGCCCUACAAGUGCCUGGAGUGCGGCACCACCUUCAGCCACGUGUCCUCCCUAAUUGAGCACCAGAAGGUCCACACCGGAGAGAAGCCCUACCGGUGCAGGGACUGCGGCCGUGCCUUCAGCCAGGGCUCGUCGCUGACGCUGCACCGGCGCACACACACCGGCGAGCGGCCCUACGCGUGCCCUGAGUGUGGCAAGGCCUUCAGCAACCGCUCCUACCUGAUCCAGCACCACAUCGUGCACACCGGGGAGAAGCCGUACGAGUGCAGUGGCUGCGGCAAGGCCUUCGGCUUCUCCUCCGCCCUCAUUCGACACCAGAGGACACACGCUGAUGAAGGUGGGGGACACCUUUGCCCAGUUGCCACACCUGACUCAACACCUGAGCUCUGACCAGGAGGAGGAGCCUGUUGACGGUGGUGGUCCUGCAGAAACCGUGGUGGACCAGCCCAAGAAUGAGGGCUGAGGGCUGCCAGGGCCUCCUAUAGGCAGGCACCCUGCUGAGCCUUUUAUACCUUGUGCUCGGGCUCUCAGCACUAGCGGGUAGAUACCCUACCAUCCCCACGUUGCCAAUGAGGAAAGCAAGGCUCUGGGAGGCUCCGUGGGGUGCCCGAGAUCACACAGGAAGGAUGUCACAGGGUCAGGACUGGACCUCGCAUCUAUCAGACUCACCUCCACCACCUCCCUGGUUCAAAAUUCUAAUUGUGACCCAUGAAAGUAGACCCGAAGAUAUAUCUGUGGGUCUCUGGUCGGCCUUUUGAUCAUUUUAUGACUGAGUAGACAUUUGGUCCACACAUUUAAAUAAAAGGUUCAGUUCCUUUGGUGCAGUUGGCAUGGUAACAGGGAGCAGGGUCUUAAGAAUAAAUGUGGGGACUUCCUGGUGGUGCAGUGGUUAAGAAUCCGCCUGCCAAU